AUGUCUUCGUCAAGCACAAAGGUUGUGCCGGUCAGGACGCCUCAACGUCCCACCGCCCCAGCUCCCGCCAUCGAAAGCCCUGGAAACUGGACGCAUCCUCGCCUGCGAGAGAUCAACAGGCGGCGAAACCGCUCAACGUUCAACGACAAGAAUGUUCGCAAAAUUGCCUACAACAUUGCUGCUCUGAUCGGCCUAUGGAUCCUUCAGUGGGUGGCCGACCAAGUCCUCUCACCAGAUAGCGGCUCCAUCGCUUCCAAAGCCAGCUUCUCCGGCUCACCGCUCUCCGCUCGAGGUAGCGUGAACAAGGCUGCCCAGCAGCAUGGUGCGGGCUCUCCCUACUCGCCCGCGGCCAGCCCUCUCAACGGCAAGAGUGGCUUCAACCCCUCCCUCAACUCCAACGGCCGGAGGUCCUCGUUCGGUUCCCCGGUACCACUCUCGAACUCGGCGAGCCUCUUCUCGGAGCCUGCAACCCCGAGCCCUUCCACAAAGAAGACUAGCGUCGGCCUCAAUAACAAGUGGCUUUACGAGAAGGGCAGGAGGUCCUCGGGCUCGUGGAUGCAAUAA